GCUUGUCGACGCGACGUGUAGUGCGUCGUUUUUUCUUUCCCAUGACGGCGGCCGGGGUAUAAAUUUGCGCUCAGCUGGACGGUGUUCGAGCAAGCAGUUUGGCGACAAGCUGCAACCGUUGCUUGCCUUUGCUGGAGAUUCCCUUCCCUGGUACCUACUUUCUGCUGCUGGUUACUUGUGCGAAUUCUGAUCCAUUCCUGGGACGCUUCGGUGCAACCCAGAGCCAGCAGAGGCAGCAUCCACCCUCCGACAUCGAAUCAUGUCGCAGGGUAACCAUGGAAUGGAAGAGCUGAUCCCGAUCGUCAAUAAGCUGCAGGAUGCUUUCUCGCAGCUCGGCAGCAACGUGCCGUUCGACCUGCCGCAGAUUGCCGUUGUUGGCGGCCAGAGCGCUGGAAAGAGCUCGGUGCUGGAGAAUUUCGUCGGCAGGGACUUCCUGCCGCGUGGAAGUGGCAUCGUAACACGACGGCCGCUGAUCCUGCAGCUAAACCAUGUCAAAUCCGGCGAGUGGGGAGAGUUCCUGCACGCAAAGGGCAAGAAGUUCACCGACUUCAACGAGAUUCGCGGCGAGAUUGAGGACGAAACGGAUCGCAUGACAGGCAGCAACAAGGGCAUCUCCGCCAUCCCCAUCAAUCUCAGAGUCUACUCACCUCACGUGCUCAAUCUCACUCUCAUCGACUUGCCCGGUCUGACCAAGGUUGCCGUGGGAGAUCAACCGGUAGACAUCGAGUUUCAAAUUCGCGAAAUGCUUAUGCAGUUCAUCACCAAGGGCAACUGUCUCAUCUUGGCCGUCACGCCGGCUAACGCAGAUUUGGCUAACAGCGAUGCGUUGAAGAUAGCAAAGGAGGUGGAUCCACAGGGUUUGAGAACGAUCGGUGUCAUCACCAAGCUGGACUUGAUGGAUGAAGGAACCGACGCUAAAGAAAUCCUGGAGAACAAACUGCUACCGCUUCGCAGAGGCUACAUCGGUGUUGUAAAUCGUUCACAGAAAGACAUUGAAGGUCGCAAAGACAUCAAGGCCGCUCUGGCAGCCGAGAGAAAGUUCUUCCUGAGCCAUCCGUCAUACCGGCAUCUGGCCGAGAAGCUGGGGACACCAUACCUACAGAAGGCUCUCAAUCAGCAAUUGACGAAUCACAUCCGCGACACGCUGCCAGCCCUGCGUCAGCGUCUCAUGAACCAGCUUGGCACGUUGGAGAAGGACGUACAAGAGUUCAAGAAGUUCAACGCCGACGAUCCAAACCUGAAGACAAAAGCUAUGCUCACGUUCCUUCAGACAUUCUCAUUGGAUUUUGAGAAGUCCAUUGAGGGUAGUGGUGACUUGGUGGAUACCAGUGAGCUGUCUGGUGGCGCCAAGAUCAACAAGAUCUUCCACGAGCGCUUUCCCUACGAGCUAGUCAAGAUGGAGUUCGAUGAGCGGGAGCUGAGACGCGAGAUUGGUUUUGCAAUCAAGAACUUGCAUGGUGUGCGUGUUGGUAUCUUCACGCCGGACAUGGCAUUUGAGGUGAUCUGUAAGAAGCAGAUUGACAAGCUGAAAGAGCCCUCGCUCAAGUGUGUGGACAUGGUCACAACCGAGCUAUUCCAGGUCAUCAAGAAGAUCGGAGAGAAGCUGCAACGCUACCCGAGAUUGCGCGACGAAGUGGAGAGGAUCUGCCACCACUACGUGCGCGAGUGUGAGGUCAAGGCCAAGGAUCAUAUCACAUUGUGCAUACACCUGGAGCUCUCGUACAUGAACACCAACCACCCGGAUUUCAUCGGCUUUGCCAAUGCACAGUCAGGUAGCAAGAAGGACAAGAAGGGUAGCAGCGCCAGCAUGGGCAAUCAGACGAUUCGCAAAGGCUGGAUGACCACUACCAGCGUUGGUGUGCUGAAAGGCGGCUCCAAGGAGUACUGGUUCGUUCUCACCGCUGACACUCUGGCAUGGUUCCGCGAUGAGAAGGAAGAGGAUCAGAAGUAUUUGCUGCGCUUGGAAAACCUGAAACUGAAGGAAGUGGAAACAGGUUUCAUGAGCCUUGGCAAGAAGCACUGCUAUGCUCUCUUCAACCCGAGCGCAAAGAAUUUGUUCAAGGAUUACAAGCAGCUAGAUCUGUCCUGUGAGACUGAAGACGACAUUGAGAGUUGGAAGGCGGCAUUUCUCCGUGCUGGUGUCUACCCAGAUAGAGGAGAAAUAGAGGAUGAGGGUGCUAUGUCUAGUGAGCUGGGUGCUAUGGACCCGAUGAUGGAGAGACAGGUGGAGACCAUCCGUAACCUGGUGGACUCCUACAUCGGCAUCGUUUCCAAGAGUAUCAAGGAUCAAGUGCCCAAGUCUAUCAUGUUCCUGCUCGUGUACAAGUUGAAAGACUUCAUCGCCACGGAGAUCCUGCCCAAUCUGUAUGCAGUUGGCCAGUCUGGUGAUCUGAUGGAGGAGAGCCAGGCCGAGGCACAGCGGCGUGAGGAGAUGUUGAGAAUGUACCACGCCAGUCGGGAAGCACUGGACAUUAUCAAUGACAUCAACACCAAGACUGUGAGCACACCGGUACCACCGCCGGUAGAGAACAGUAUUCAAGUGGAGUCAGUGGCCAGGCCUGCUAGUGAUAGUUUAGGUCAUCGUGCAAUGAUGUAA